GGAACCCAGCUUAGCGCCCCGGAUGCAGGCCUGGUCUUGAAGAAGAUCGCAAUCGGCCACGGAAUCCAGAACUACACCUGCACGGACAGCGCGCCAGCUACUACAGCAUCGGCCAUUGGGGCGCUCGCCAUUCUCUAUGAUGUCACGUCGUUGUUUCCUGGGACGCUCAGAACGGGUCUUAGCAACGCCACCUGGAACGACUUUCCGAAAAAUCUCCUUUACGGAAAGCCUGUCCCGCUCAACCUCAUCAACCCAAAUACCGGCUACGGCGCGACCGCAAGCCCGUUCCCGAGAGCGGCCGACUUGACUCUCGGAAACAUCCGUGCCAGUUUCUUGGGCCACCACUACUUUGACCAGUUUGGUUCUCCCACAUUCGAGCUUCUCACGGUCAAUCUCAAGGCCAGUGUCAAGAAGCUUGAGGGUUUCAACGCUCCCGCCACCGCCGACAAGGGCAUUCUGAACACUGGCGCCGUGCAAUGGUUGAAGCUCAUCGACAACGGCAAGGGUUUCAACAAGGGCUUGACUACCGUGUACCGCGUCGUGACGGCGGGUGGCGCGGCCGAGGCGUGCUCAAAGAUCGGCCCUGGCGUCGUCGACAGCGUGCCGUACACCACCUACUACUGGUUCUACGGACCCAAGUGA